AUGUCAUUAGUAGGUAAAUCAGUGUUUAUAACUGGAGCAUCCUCUGGUAUUGGUGCGGCUCUAGCAAAGCAAUUAGUAGUAGCUGGUGCAGAUGUCUACCUCUUUGCUAGAUCAACAGACAAGCUAAAAAGCCUUGCUGAAGAAAUAAAACUUCAAAAUUCCGAAAAAAAAGCUCAAGUAGCAUUUUCACAAGAUGGUGAUGUUACACAGUAUGAUAAAGUCAAGAAAGCCGUCGAUGAGUGUAUAGCUGCAUUUGGAAAGAUUGACAUACUUAUAAACAAUGCUGGACUGGCUUUAGGUGCACCAAGACGUUUCCACGAGCAAAGUUUAGAGGAAAUUCAAACAGUGAAUGACGUAAACGUGAUGGGUGUGUAUUGGGCAACUCAUGCAGUACUUAACGGAUCAAUGAUUAAGAAUAAUAGCGGUACAAUACUCAAUGUUAGCUCAAUUACCGGUCUCAACGCACCUACGUUCCCAGGUGAGGCGACAUACCAUGCGUCGAAGACUUCCUUGGAGGGAUUCUCAAAUGUAUUGAGACAUGAGUUAACCGGAACGGACAUAAAGGUUCUGGUAAUCAGACCAGGUUGUGUUGAGACGCAUUUCCAUGAACAGCGUGUCGGAUAUGACAAGAAACUCUACGAUGAUUUCUUCUCUGGCUUUGAACAACUUACGGCUGAUGAGGUUGCUGAAGGCGCGAUAUCAAUGCUUAGUACCUCCCUGAAAGUCUCAAUAAAUGCUUUGAAUAUCAUGCCUACUCGUGAGUAUCAUGAGAAGAUAUCAUUUUGCUAA